CCCGGCAGGCAGGCAGGCGAAGGUGCUGAGCGAGCGACGGCCGGAGGGAGGAGAAGCAGCCUGCCCGCCUUGGCUGCCCGUUUCCAGGCAGGGAUGCUCUCGGACAAGACGGAGAAGAAGCGCAUGGUCUCUUCCAUCUUCAUCAUCCUGGCGCCGCCCCGGAGGGGCUGCGCUGGUCCCGCCAAGGCCCCACUGUACCUUCCCGCCGAGAAGCCGGUCCCUCGUAAAGAGGGGAGGGGGCCCGGCUGCGCUCCGGGUGCAGACCCUCCUGCCCUGCAGCCGCCUCCAGGUGACCCUCCUCAGCCCUCAGUAGAGGCUGUCCAGGGGUCCCUGCAGCCCACGCCCCUCCAGGUGAAGACCCUGGGCCCCGAUCUGCCGACGGGAGCCGCCGCCUUGCCCUCCUCCCUGCAGGCGCCUGAAGCGGGAGAGCCUCAUCCGGCCUGGCCUCUCGGCUGGACAGAUGGACAGGAGGAGGAAGAGGAGGAGGCCGCAGCGCCAGGUAUCUGCGCUUUCUGCCAUAAGGGCAUUUCGCCCGGUGCUCUCGCUCUGGAAGCCAUGAGGAAGCAGUACCACGUCAGAUGCUUCACUUGCCGGGGGUGUCACAGCAGCCUUGCAGGGGAGCGCUACUACCAAAAAGAAGGCCGGCCGCUGUGCGUAGCCUGCUAUCAGACCACCCUGGAGAAAUGCGAUGCCUGCCAAGCCUCCAUCCUCAGCGAGAUUGUGUGGGCAGUGGGGAAGGGAUACCACCCGGAAUGCUUCACCUGCGUGGACUGCAGCCGCCAGAUUGGCAGCGACGCCUUCGCUGUGGACGACGAGCAGCGGGCGCUUUGCCUUCCGGACUUUUACCGGAGGUUUGCUCCCGUCUGCGGGGUCUGCGAGGAGCCCAUCAUCCCGCAGGAAGGGAGGGACGCCUACAGGAUCGAGUGCCUGGGCAGGAGCUUCCACGAGGACUGCUAUCGGUGUGAGAAGUGCCAGGUCUUGCUCUCCCUGGAGCCCACGGAGGACGGGUGUUACCCUCUCGGCAGCCGCCUCCUUUGCCAAGCCUGCCACGCCUGGCAGAUCCAGUCCCCGCCGGGAGGAGACAACAGAUGCUGAUCGCUCCCGGAAGUGGGGCCAGGAAGGCUAGUCCCGGUGUUCCAGCUUGCCCCUUCCCCCCCACCUUGUGUCUGUGAACCUUUUUGCCACGUUUCUCUCCCCCGGGGGGGGGGGAGUAGACUGAGAGCAACCCCCUCCUUGUUGGAACGAGCUUUGCCACUCUUCCACACCAGACCAAAGACGCCCUGCUCCUUCCACCCCCCCUUCUUAUGUCCGGCUAGGGAGAGCACUCGGCUCUUCUUGCCACUGGAGGCGCCGCUGGGAUUCGGCCUGCGGGAAAGCGGCUUUCCCAGGCAAGGAGAGGGGAAGAGAGCGAGUUCAGGAGGGAAGCCGCGUUUGGCCGGCAAGUCCCCUCCCCGCUUCCCCCAAGCUCUGUCUCCGACGAAGGGGGGGGCAAGGGGCAGCCCAGGCUUCCAGGACCACCUGACCUAAGGCAACAGAGAAGAUCUGGAGAGGGAGCCCACCCAACUCCAAUGCUGCACAUUUCCAGGUGGCACCUGCGUAGUUGUGGGCCGUUCAGCUGCUGGGGGGUUGGGUGGGAGGGAGCCAAGAGGGCUUUGAGCCCGCAGCCCCUCAUCCUGCUCUCCGUGCCCCCCAAAGAAGCCCGCCUUUGAGUCAAGCCCAGCAGCCAAGGAGACCAGGAAAAAGGCUCUUUCUGGGUGGUUUUCAGUGGACUUCAGUUCCCAUUAGUACUGGUCUCCUCCACUAGGGGGCAGGCCAGCUCUGGACCUCC